UUGGUUUCAAGUGACGCCAUCUCUUUAUUUUUAAACCGAUGACCUCAUCCGCGCUUGAAGUUUCCUGACCAGCGACUCUUUCUCUCUCCCCAACCCCCACCCUAGCCCCCCUGGUCCCCUCCUGCGGGCAUCACCGUUUGGGGGGGCUCUCAUCCCGUUUCCAACCAUUUACCCUCCCCCUCUCGCUUUUCCCGCGCGGACCCCCAACUUUACCUCAACUUCUUCAUCCCUGUCGACAUUUUUUCCCCCUCUUUCGGGGGGCGGUGGAAGAGAAAGUGAAGAAAAGUUGCAAACGCCCGGGCUCUCGCUAAGCUCUCCGCCCACCCCUCAGAGGAGAAGCCCCGGCGGCGAGGAGGACGCGCGAGCGACGGCUGGGCGACGCGGUGACAACGCUCGCUCCCCUCCGCGAGCCUGGAGCCGGCGGCCCCUCAAGUUGUCAUCCCAGUGUAAAGCUGUUGGAGUGAGGGCAGAAAGGUAAAGAAUGAUGUAAUGCCUGGCUGCCCUAGAGCAUCCUUUGUUGUGGGAUGGGUAUUCCCAUCAUCUCUAUGAAUCUAGUGUGAGGGGCUGCUUUGUGGAAGGAAUCCUUUGCAAGAGCAUAUCAAGAGGAAAGAGAAAGAGACAUUCAGUUGGAGGGCUCUUGCUGAAAUGGAUUUAACUCUCCUCUUGCCAGUCACCACUAGCCUGACCUCAUACAUUUUUAGUACAAUGGAGUGGCUGAGCCUUUGAGCACAGCACCAUUACAUCAUCGUGGCAAAUUAAAGAACGAGGUGGGGAAAGAAGACUUAUUGUUGUCAUGGCCCAUGAGAUGAUUGGAACUCAAAUUGUUACUGAGAGCUUGGUGGCUCUGCUGGAAAGUGGAACGGAAAAAGUGCUGCUAAUUGAUAGCCGACCAUUUGUGGAAUACAAUACGUCUCACAUUUUGGAAGCUAUUAAUAUCAACUGCUCCAAACUGAUGAAGCGAAGGUUGCAACAGGACAAAGUAUUAAUUACAGAACUUAUCCAACAUUCUGCAAAGCAUAAGGUUGACAUUGACUGCAAUCAGAAGGUGGUAGUUUAUGAUCAAAGUUCCCAAGAUGUUGGUUCUCUGUCGUCAGACUGCUUUCUCACUGUACUUCUGGGUAAACUGGAGAGGAGCUUCAACUCUGUCCACCUGCUUGCAGGUGGGUUUGCUGAGUUCUCUCGUUGUUUCCCUGGCCUCUGUGAAGGAAAAUCCACUCUAGUCCCUACCUGCAUAUCUCAGCCUUGCUUACCUGUUGCCAACAUUGGGCCAACUCGAAUUCUUCCCAAUCUCUAUCUUGGCUGCCAGCGAGAUGUCCUCAACAAGGACCUGAUGCAACAGAAUGGUAUUGGCUAUGUGUUAAAUGCCAGCAAUACCUGUCCAAAGCCUGACUUCAUACCUGAAUCUCACUUCCUGCGAGUGCCUGUGAAUGACAGCUUUUGUGAGAAAAUCCUACCAUGGUUGGACAAGUCUGUGGAUUUCAUUGAGAAAGCAAAAGCCUCCAACGGCUGUGUGCUUAUCCACUGCUUAGCUGGGAUCUCUCGCUCGGCCACUAUUGCUAUUGCCUACAUCAUGAAGAGGAUGGACAUGUCUCUAGAUGAGGCUUACAGAUUUGUGAAAGAAAAAAGACCUACUAUAUCUCCGAAUUUUAAUUUUAUGGGCCAACUCAUGGACUAUGAGAAGACGAUUAAUAACCAGACUGGAAUGUCAGGGCCAAAGAGCAAACUGAAGCUGCUGCACCUAGACAAACCCAGUGAGCCUGUGCCUGCAGCCUCAGAGGGCGGAUGGAAGAGUGCACUGUCUCUCAGCCCACCCUGUGCCAACUUGACCUCAGAGGCAUCAGGGCAAAGGCUUGUGCAUCCUGCAAGUGUGCCCAGCUUACAGCCGUCACUCUUAGAGGACAGUCCGCUGGUACAGGCGCUCAGUGGGCUCCAGCUGUCCUCAGAGAAGCUGGAAGACAGCACUAAGCUCAAGCGUUCCUUCUCUCUCGAUAUCAAAUCUGUUUCAUAUUCAGCCAGUAUGGCAGCGUCCCUACACGGCUUCUCGUCUGAGGAAGCUUUAGAAUACUACAAACCUUCUGCCACACUGGAUGGGACCAACAAGCUCUGCCAGUUCUCCCCCGUUCAGGAGGUAUCAGAACAGACUCCAGAGACCAGCCCGGAUAAGGAGGAGGCCCACAUCCCCAAGCAGCCCCAACCUACCAGGCCUUCUGAGAGCCAGAUCACACGCUUGCACUCAGUGAGAACCAGCAGUAGUGGGUCCACCCAGAGGCCCUUCUUCUCGCCACUGCAUCGGAGCGGGAGUGUAGAGGACAAUUACCAUACCAACUUCCUUUUUGGCCUUUCCACCAGCCAGCAACACCUCACCAAGUCUGCAGGGCUUGGCCUCAAGGGCUGGCACUCAGAUAUUCUGGCUCCCCAGUCCUCUGCCCCCUCCCUGACUAGCAGUUGGUAUUUUGCUACAGAGCCUUCACACUUGUACUCUGCUUCAGCCAUCUAUGGAGGCAACAGCAGUUACUCUGCCUACAGCUGUGGCCAGCUGCCCACUUGCAGUGACCAAAUCUAUUCUGUUCGUAGGCGGCAGAAGCCUACUGACAGAGCUGACUCGAGGCGGAGCUGGCAUGAAGAGAGCCCCUUUGAAAAGCAGUUUAAACGCAGAAGCUGCCAAAUGGAAUUUGGAGAGAGCAUUAUGUCAGAGAACAGGUCAAGGGAGGAGCUGGGCAAGGUGGGCAGCCAGUCCAGCUUCUCCGGCAGCAUGGAGAUCAUUGAGGUCUCUUGAGAAGACCUUGUCGCUUCUGUUGACAGUUUUGUUUCCUGUUCACAAAAAAAUAGUCCCUGUAAAUCUGAAAUAUGUAUAUGUACAUACAUAUAUAUUUUUGGAAUAUAGAGCUACGGUAUAAAAGCAACAGAUGGAUCAACACAGUUGUUCUCUCAGCACCUGCACUGAGAAUAGCUAACGCUCAGAAAAGAUUGGAAGGGUAGACGUUAGAAUUCUCCCAGCCAGGAGAAGAGAUUUGGUUCAGUGAAUUGCACAUCUUCUUGUUCCUACAAAAGCAAGGGGUUUGUUUGUUUGUAUGUUGUUUGUUUUUAAUGUUAGAGGGCAAAAUCCCUCCCAUUUUCACGUGCAACAGAGGUCUCAGAACUCAUCUCUGUCCAGGCCCUUCCCGAGUGCACCUUAGCGCUAAGACUGAGCCAGCUGUGGGUCAGGUGGGAAGACCCUCCUAGGGACAGACCCUAAUGGUAACUCCAAGGGAAAUGAUCCUGUCUUAAGCUGCGUAAUAAACCCAAACUUGAUUGACAGCUGAAGGAUAUGGACAUCAUUCUGCUGGAUGAACUAUUUAGGAGCCUUGCCUAGAUCUACUUAUAACCAAUCCAGUACCUCAGACAAGACAUUUGGGGCCAUCACCACUACCAUGUCUAGUAGACCAUUUUCUAGGCAUUGUGAAUAAGUAGGUAACUUGUCACUUUCCAGACUAUGCACAAAAUCCCAGUGGGCUUGUUGCCCAUGUACCCCUCCUGUCAGCUUGAAUGAAGAGGGAAAACCAACUAGAGUUUAGCUUAGCCAGAGAUUGGGCAGUCAGAUAUCUUAGAGACUUAAGCCAGGGAUGGAACACUAAACAGUCUCCCUCCCUCCUUGUAAUACAAGAAUUCUCUUUAGUGGGAUUGUUACUUCUUCACUUGACCACAGACUUGGUUUAGAGAUAAGCAUGAAUCACCGGGCUUGGUAGAAGACCGACAGAACCUCAGGUUCUCACUUCUGUUUCGUGUCCUGGAAUAAAACUAUGGCAAGACUUGGGAAGGUAAAACCUGAAGCAGGAAAUGGAUUUCCUUGGCUUUUUUUCUCUAUGGUAUGCAACGAGGGUAAUAUUUCUAGAAUCUUCUUAGACUUCCAAACUUACCAUGGGCUUUGGUAAGCAAGAACUAGUCAGAAUAAAACAUACUAGAAAGGUUAAGAAGGCGUUGUUGAAUUUUGUUUAGUUUUGAAUACAGGAAAGCUCUUUUCCAAAGCUAUGCCAGCAUGCUUUCUGGGGAAGGGGCAUAUCAGAGGGAAGGGCCACAGUGGUGUCUUGGUCCCUGACAUACAAUCACUGUGUAGACUCAAUCCUGGCAGCUUAGGAUAGGAGAUAAGAACAAGAAGUGUGUACACGAUAGUCCAUAUCUGCCCUUAAACUUCCUGGCUUGAGUUGUAUCCUCUAGAGUACGGUCCUCCUUACGGCCUUAAUUCACUCACGUCAGCAGGGUGUGGGUGUGGGGUAGAUGCUGUCAUUGUUCUUUACUGUAAGUGUAGCUAGGGGCUGACUCAUAUCUCAGGUUUUUCUGUUAGUGAAGUGGAUGGUCCUUUGACUAGGAUGUGACUUACUGUUUCCUAUAAUGAUUGCUAAAACCAGCCUAGAGUGACGGUGGUUGGAAGCUGACAGGCUUGAUUGUGAGGAGGAUUAGGGGCCUCAUGAACAGACUGAGUCUGUACAGAUAAGCUGUGUGGGCAUAAGAUGAAGGCAGAGCAGACACUGCACAGGGAGCACGUUGCCACUCUUGGAGAUUCUGUUCAGCAAUCUUUUUAGAUAUAUAUCAAAAUGUCUAAAGUUCUCAAAGCUUCACAGUAAAUUUUGAUACAUUGUGUACACACACUUAGUAUGUAACAAUCCACCUUAAAAUCUGGUCACACCGGUAAGACGUAAUUUAUUUAAGAAUGAAAGCAACGGCUCCAACAUGAAGUACGUUCCAGAAGACUGGGGAUUUGGCUUCGGUAGCUUCGGGCAGUGCGUUACCUAAUGCCAGAUGUCAUGUAGAGAAGUGCUCUCUGGACUGUGCGGCCGACAGUCAUACACUACAGCUGUCCGUCCUUCAGCACUAAUGUCCUAUCAGUUCUUGGAAUCACAACUACCAUGCUGAAAGGGCUGCCUCUGAGGCACAUUGUGGGUGGUGUGGUGGUUAGGUCUCUUCAUGUAAGCACGGGGAAGCCUGUGAAGUCUACUGGGAUGAUGCAAAAUGGUGAUUUUAAUGAGCAAAACUAGACUCUGUGAGAAAUGCUGGAAACCGUUCAGGCCGUUUAUAAAGUUAGAGUGGAAAGACUAUAUAAAUGUUUAAUAUGAAUAUCGUGUCCUUGAGUAAAAGGCAAGCUGUUGAAUGGUUCACUUGUGCAUCUCUCAUUCUCAAGUGUCACGUAUGUUAAUAUGAUGAAAUAAAAUCAGAACUGGUACCUGUUUGUA